UCGCGGAACCCUUAAUUUCCAACAUUAUUUUUGUUGAGUUCCAAGUUGAAUUGUUUAGAAAACAGAAAUAAAAAUGUCUGGAAACCAAAAAAAUUUGGACAACCGUUCUGAUCAAUUGAACACCAACAACGAUAAAUUCUAUUCAAGCAGAGGCAUGGACGGACGUCCAAGUGACUGGGCGACUUCUGGCUCGACUGGCAAUCCACCGACCCAGAAAGAUUUGGAUAAUCGCAGUAACCAAAAGAAUCCGAACAAUCCGGAAUAUGAUCAUUCCAGAAGUGCUGGAAGCAAGAAAUAGGAGGUUGCGAUCCUUCCAGUUUCAAUGAAGAGACCACUUCGAUGAUUUCUUCAAGUAUUAUUGCUAUUGCUUAAUAAAUAAUGUGUUAUUAUGUUAUCUUUUUCAGAAUAAUAUAAAUCAUUGAAAAUGUAGUAACUAGUAUGUUUUAAUAAAUCAUAUUAACCAUCCGUGGUCUUAA